AUGGUCCUUCUAGUCACCGCAUCUCUGAUGUUUACGAGCGAUGCAAAUCGACUGGUGCUGCGCCCUGCCGGCUCAUUCGAGUCCGUUAUCGGAGAGCUUUCUACCUCUGAGGUUGAAAAGAUGAUUGAGCGGAUCGAGGCGAUUCGAGACAAGCCUUUGCUGGCCAUGAAGAUGGCCGAUGACGAGUUCAAGGCUGAAGAAAUCAAGAAGGAAAGUAUGAUGAGGAACAAGCAGAAGCCACUGAGAAGAAUCGCUAUGGAAGCCUCCAGACUAUGUGCCUCUCGGCCAGAGGUCAUGGAGACGGUGAUUCUGGAGAAGACCAUCAUUAAGCUUGGAUCUUUGCUUGCCCUGGGCUUCGGCGAAGCUGGUGCCGACAUCAUUGGCAAGAACAUGAGUGGCUCCGACUCGGCUGGUGUGAAUGCCAUGGUGCCAGGGCGCAAGUGCGAGUGUAUAGUCGGCAUUCUUCGUGUGCGCGAUUUCAGCACCGCCACGGAGGUCCUCCAGGCCAAGGUCAUGAUGUUCUCCAACCAAAUAGCGGAAAUCGUUCAUGGAGUUUGCAACGAAUUCCACGGAGCUCCGAACAAGAACACUGGUGAUUCCUUCCUGGUCAUUUGGAAGGAGAGCCACGAUGCAGGACUAGAUGGUACCGAGCUGAUGCAGAAAUACGCAGAAGGUGCCAUAGUUUCCUCUGCAUGUGUCAUUGGCGCUGUCCACCAUUCGCCUCUUCUCGGGAGCUAUAGAGAACACCCUGGGCUACAGUAUCGGCUGGGCUCCAACUGCCGGGUGCACCUGAGCAUCGGCCUUCACAAAGGAUGGGCCAUUGAAGGUGCAGUCGGCAGCGAGUUCAAGAUCGAUUGUUCAUAUCUAUCGCCGAACGUGAGCAUCGCCACGUCCAUCGAGCGAUCCACUGAAGCCUAUGGCGUGUCGGUCAUGGUAGCGCAAUCAGUUGUUGAUCUGUGUGAUUAUCCCAUCCGGUCCCAGUGCCGAUUGAUUGACAAAGUCAUCGUGAGAGGCUCUCCAGCACCGAUGGAGCUCUACUGCGUCGACCUGGAUUACAUGAGUGUGGAAGUGGACCUGACGUCUCGACCCAAGGGGCUGGCCUGGAACACUCGACAAAGGUUCAAGGUCCGGCAGCAGAUAGAGCAGGAAAAGAAGGCAGUGCUCCACAAGGAUUUGGCAGAGAUCUUCGUAACAGACGAGGUUAUCCUGCAAAUGCGAGAGCGCUACACUGUAGAGUUCUUCCAGCUUUUCAACAUGGGCUACCAGAACUACUCCCAAGGGGAGUGGCAGGUGGCACGGCGAAUGCUGAUGCACAUCAAGAGCGACGUGGCUGCUGAAGAUGGCCCCAGCACGGCCUUGCUGAAAUUCAUGGAGGCACCUUACGGCUUCGAGGCCCCGAAAGGAUGGCAAGGGAUCCGGGAGCUGGUUUGUUAA